AACUAAAACCAAAACCAAAACCAAAACAAAACAAGAGAUUUCUCAUUUCCAGCAGCUCCUUAGAAGAGGAGAGAGAAAGAGAGUGUGAAAAGAGAGCUGAAGCAGAAGAAAUCGCGCGCACACUCAGAGAAAGAUGAGCGUAUGGAACUACGUCGUCACCGCUCACAAGCCUACCAAUGUCACGCAUUCCUGUGUCGGCAAUUUCACCAGCCCUCAAGAGCUCAAUCUUAUUGUGGCAAAAUGCACCAGAAUUGAGAUUCACUUAUUAACUCCUCAAGGUCUUCAGCCAAUGCUGGACGUUCCAAUAUAUGGUAGAAUUGCAACACUGGAACUUUUUCGACCUCAUGGUGAAGCACAAGAUUUCUUGUUCAUUGCAACAGAAAGAUACAAAUUUUGUGUUCUUCAAUGGGAUCCUGAGACAGCAGAGCUCGUCACCAGAGCAAUGGGGGAUGUUUCAGAUCGCAUUGGCCGUCCAACUGACAAUGGUCAGAUUGGCAUCAUUGAUCCUGAUUGCAGGUUGAUUGGGCUCCAUUUAUAUGACGGGUUAUUCAAGGUCAUCCCAUUUGAUAACAAAGGACAGCUGAAAGAAGCAUUUAAUAUCCGGCUUGAGGAGCUUCAAGUGCUUGAUAUAAAGUUUCUCUAUGGCUGCUCAAGACCUACAAUUGUAGUUCUUUAUCAGGAUAAUAAAGAUGCUCGUCACGUCAAAACGUAUGAGGUUUCAUUGAAGGAUAAAGAUUUUAUUGAGGGUCCAUGGUCCCAGAAUAAUCUUGAUAAUGGGGCUGAUUUGCUUAUACCAGUUCCACCACCACUUUGUGGAGUUAUCAUUGUGGGGGAGGAGACGAUUGUAUACUGCAGUGCUACUGCAUUUAAAGCAAUCCCCAUCAGACCUUCUAUUACAAGAGCCUAUGGAAGGGUGGAUGCUGAUGGUUCUCGGUAUCUGCUUGGUGAUCAUGCUGGACUUCUGCAUCUGCUGGUUAUCACUCAUGAAAAGGAGAAAGUUACUGGGCUGAAAAUCGAGCUUUUGGGAGACACAUCUAUUGCAUCUACAAUAUCAUACCUGGAUAAUGCGUUUGUUUAUAUUGGCUCAAGUUAUGGAGAUUCACAGCUUAUAAAAUUAAAUCUACAACCAGAUGCAAAAGGAUCAUAUGUAGAAGUCUUGGAAAGAUAUGUCAAUUUGGGCCCGAUUGUAGACUUUUGUGUGGUUGACCUUGAGAGGCAAGGUCAAGGCCAGGUUGUAACUUGCUCCGGGGCCUACAAGGAUGGUUCUCUUCGUAUUGUCCGUAACGGUAUUGGGAUAAAUGAACAGGCAUCAGUAGAGCUUCAAGGCAUCAAGGGAAUGUGGUCCUUGAGGUCUUCAACUGAUGAUGUAUAUGAUACUUUCUUGGUUGUUAGCUUCAUCAGCGAGACCAGGAUUCUAGCUAUGAAUCUUGAGGAUGAACUGGAAGAAACAGAAAUUGAAGGGUUUGACUCACAAGUGCAGACUUUGUUCUGCCAUGAUGCUUUGUACAACCAACUGGUGCAAGUCACUUCAGGCUCAGUUAGACUGGUCAGCUCAAUAUCUAGAGAACUACGACAUGAGUGGAAAGCCCCAACAGGAUAUUCUGUGAAUGUUGCUACUGCUAAUGCCUCUCAGGUUCUACUUGCCACUGGUGGUGGGCAUCUUGUUUACUUGGAAAUUGGUGAUGGAGUUUUGACAGAAGUGAAACAUGCACAAUUGGAGUAUGAGAUAUCAUCUCUUGACAUAAAUCCAAUCGGUCAAAAUCCAAAUUAUAGUCAGCUAGCUGCUGUUGGAAUGUGGACAGAUAUAAGUGUUAGGAUAUUUUCGCUUCCAGAUCUUAAUCUAAUCACCAAGGAGAAUCUGGGAGGAGAGAUAAUUCCUCGCUCUGUUCUUCUAUGCUCUUUUGAAGGGAUAUCUUAUUUACUGUGUGCUCUUGGAGAUGGCCAUCUUCUGAACUUCAUAUUGAACAUGGGUACUGGUGAACUGACCGACAGGAAGAAGGUAUCACUGGGUACACAGCCUAUUACACUUAGGACAUUCUCCUCCAAGAAUGCUACUCAUGUAUUUGCAGCCUCUGAUCGACCAACUGUUAUAUACAGCAGCAACAAAAAGUUACUUUACAGUAAUGUCAACCUUAAGGAAGUCAGUCAUAUGUGCCCUUUUAAUUCAGCGGCUUUCCCUGACAGCCUUGCAAUUGCAAAAGAAGGUGAACUUACAAUUGGCACCAUUGAUGAUAUUCAGAAGCUUCAUAUUCGGUCUAUCCCUCUUGGCGAGCAUGCUCGACGUAUCUGCCACCAGGAACAAACUCGCACUUUUGCUAUUUGUAGUUUGAAGUACAACCAAGCUAGUGCAGAGGAAUCAGAAAUGCAUUUUGUGCGCUUGUUAGAUGGCCAAAGUUUUGAGAUCAUAUCAACUUAUCCACUUGAUACUUAUGAAUGUGGUUGCUCAAUACUGAGUUGCUCAUUCUCAGAUGACAGCAAUGUUUACUAUUGUGUUGGGACUGCAUACGUUUUACCGGAAGAAAAUGAGCCGACCAAGGGAAGAAUUCUGGUUUUCAUCGUGGAGGAUGGAAAGCUGCAACUCAUUGCAGAGAAGGAAACUAAAGGUGCUGUUUACUCGCUUAAUGCUUUCAAUGGCAAGCUGCUUGCUGCCAUCAAUCAGAAAAUUCAGCUUUAUAAGUGGAUGCUUCGGGACGAUGGAUCUCAUGAGUUACAGUCUGAGUGUGGACACCAUGGGCACAUUCUUGCCUUGUAUGUGCAGACUCGUGGUGAUUUCAUUGUUGUUGGGGACUUGAUGAAAUCAAUCUCUCUGCUAAUAUAUAAGCAUGAGGAAGGUGCAAUUGAAGAGCGUGCACGGGACUACAAUGCUAAUUGGAUGUCGGCUGUAGAGAUUCUUGAUGAUGAUAUAUAUCUUGGUGCAGAAAAUAAUUUCAAUCUGUUCACCGUGAGAAAAAACAGCGAAGGUGCCACUGAUGAGGAGCGUGCACGUCUUGAAGUGGUUGGGGAAUACCACCUUGGAGAAUUCAUCAAUCGUUUUCGCCAUGGCUCUCUUGUUAUGCGGUUGCCGGACUCUGAUAUUGGUCAAAUACCAACUGUUAUCUUUGGAACUGUUAAUGGCGUAAUAGGGGUCAUUGCUUCCCUUCCACAUGACCAGUACAUUUUCCUGGAAAAACUGCAGUCAAGUUUGAGAAAGGUUAUAAAAGGUGUAGGAGGACUGAGUCAUGAACAUUGGCGGUCAUUUUAUAAUGAGAAGAAAACAGUAGAUGCAAGAAACUUCCUCGAUGGAGAUCUGAUUGAAUCUUUCCUCGAUCUCAGUCGUAGUCGUAUGGAAGAGAUAUCAAAGGCAAUGGGUGUUUCAAUAGAGGAACUUAGCAAGAGAGUGGAGGAGUUGACCAGAUUGCACUGAAGAAGUUGAUCAGGAAGCAGCCCAGCCUUCUACUUUGAUCCUAAUACCAUUUUGUCUAUUUUCGUCUUCCAAGUUAUGUUCAGUUCUUGUGAUCUGAGCUCCCGAUUGGCAUAGGAUUUGAGCUGUUUGCAUUCCCAGUUGAUUUACCCUAUAAUUCAACGGUAACAAGUUAAAGGUUGAUGCAUCACAGUACUCUGCAACGUUCUCUGCAGCUCGUGUUUGCCUGCUCAUACUAGUUUGUUUUUCUAUCUAUUAAUGUAUGUUCAUCAUGUAGUUCACCAUAUAGGAUAUAAAAUUAUAAAAUGUGCUGUGCAUUGAAAAUGACAUGAAAAUUUCUAUCAGGCUCCUUUCCUGCUUUGGAUGAGAUGUGAUUCUUCGUUUGUAAA